AUGGUGGAGCUGCCGGCGGCAGUGGCGGUGGUGGUGGUGGAGGAAGGUGAAUCAAGGGUGGGGUUGCGCCGGUUGAGUUUGAAGAUGAACUACUCCGAGUCAACAAAAGCCGUUUUCGAAAGAAUUCAAGAUCUCGACCCGGAAAACGUCUCCAAAAUAAUCGGUUAUCUCCUCCUGAAAGGCUACUCCAAACUCGAAAUGAUCCGUUUAGCCUUCGGACCCGAAUACCUACUCCGCUCGUUGAUCGAAAAAGUCAAACAAGACCUCACCUCAUCUCCAAACCCUAGUACUCCACUACUCUCACCCCCCAAAACAAAACUCCCCACAAACUUCACCCCCUUCACCCCUUCUUCAUCUCGUUCCCCACUCGAAACCGGACAACGGAAUAUUCCUCUAGCUACGAUCCCGGCCACUUAUCACCACCCAUCGGUUCAUAACUUCCAACAACCUCAUCUGAUCUUGCCCUUGGAAGAUCAGUUCAUGCAAUACUGUCAUGUGCAUGAUUUCUGCCCCCACUUUCCGGAACCUUCCGGAGCAAUGAUAUGCGAUAACUUCCAGAAGGGGUAUUGUAAGUACGGGGGCGCGUGUAAGUUCUUGCAUGUACUUGGAACGGAGAACGGGGGCUAUAUGGUACUUAACCCACCGAACGAGCCGAAUAUUGACCGCACGUUUUCGCGUGGAGCCCUCAAGCAACUCGAGGUGGAGAUAAUCGAGCUCUUGAAAUCGAGGAGGGGUAUUCCUGUCUCGAUUUCUUCGCUGCCCAUUCUUUAUUACGAUAAGUACGAGAGGGCGUUUAUGGUCGACGUGUAUCUUAGAGAAGCGCAAUGCACCGUUGCUCAACUUUUUGCUUACAUGACGAAAUGCAUUCGCGUCAUUGACAGGCCACAUGGGAGGCAGUCGAUUAUUUUGGCGGAUGAUAUACACAAGUACAAUAGAUUUAUCGAAGAAAGAAACGGAGAUGAAUUUAUUGCAGCGAAUUCGUGCCAAGUUUAUCUGACUUUUCUUCCGCAGAGUAGUUUCUCUGAUCUAGAUAUUUACGAUUAUUUCGAGAAUUUUGGGCCGGUAAGGGAAGUUAGGAUUCCGAAUUUGGACAAGAGGAUGUACGGUUUUGUGACGUUUGUUUAUCCGGAGACAGCCGCCCUUGUCCUGACUAAAACGAACCCUCAUUUUAUCGGUGAAGCGCACGUCAUGGUGAAACCUUAUCGAAAGACAAUCGUCCUUGAUAGAAAGACGGAGGAGAAAAUCGAGCAUGCAAUUAACAGCGCUCCAAAUCAAGAUGCAGAAUCCAAGCCUCCUUCAAUUGAGCUCAAGAGGAAGGAAAUCGUCUCGGAGACAGAUCAUACGUUGUUGCUCACGAGCCAGUCGUCGUCAUCUGAUGGCUCCAGCACUAGUCAAGACAAACGUACUCACGUUAAGACGAGCAUCAACGAGCCGCCGGAGAGUUAUGAAGAAAUAGAUCUUCCAGAAAGCCCAUUUGGAUAUGAAGUUGCUGAAUUAUUCUGA